UCUAUAAUAUUGCUGUAUAUACUAAAUUUAAGAAUGAUAGUUUCAGUAUUUCCUGAACAUCUGACAGCGCUAGACAAGCGCGCACGAGUACCGACAAUGUGGUGAUUUAACUGAAAGAAACGAACCAAAAAAAAUAAUUAAAUAAAUGAACAAAUAAAUUCGUACCGAACUAAAGAGAAAAAAAAAAAAACGUACAAACAAGUUUCGUGAAAUUUAUACCCACAUACAAUAAAAUAGUUCAUCUACGAAACCUGUUCAACUAUAGUUAUAGAUGCAUACGUUUUGUUUGUUUAAUUUUUAUCAUUAUUUUUGUUUCGUUUAAAAAGGAUUAUCUUUUUAAGCCAUGGUAUCAUUGGGCGUAACCACAUUAUGCGUAGCUAUCCUGCUUCUGAGUUUGUUUGACAACGCCGAAGCUGCGAGGAAAAGAUUGCGCAGACCUACAACGGCGAGACCGGUAAUAUCCUCGGACCAAGAAGUAUCCGCCAGUGUGAACAGAUUCAAGAUAACUCGUGAUCGGUUAUCAUCGAAGGGAACAAAAAAUGAACUUCAGGCGACGAGCCCAAACGAUCAUAAGAUCGUGUGUUAUUACACGAAUUGGUCCCAGUAUCGUACAAAAAUUGGAAAAUUCAUGCCAGAAGACAUUCAACCAGAUCUUUGCACGCACAUUGUUUUUGCGUUCGGAUGGUUGAAGAAAAAUAAAUUGACCAGUUUCGAAUCAAACGACGAAACUAAGGACGGUAAACUUGGUCUCUACGAGAGAAUAAUGACUCUGAAGAAAGCGAAUCCAUCUUUAAAAAUUCUGCUCGCCAUCGGCGGCUGGUCAUUUGGAACGCAGAAGUUUAAGGAGAUGUCGUCUUCUCGAUACGCUCGUCAAACAUUUAUUUAUAGCGCGAUACCUUAUCUGCGUCAUCGAAAUUUCGACGGUCUCGAUAUGGAUUGGGAGUACCCUAAAGGUGGAGACGAUAAAAAGAAUUUCGUGCUUUUGUUGAAAGAAUUACGCGAGGCUUUUGAGGCGGAAGCACAAGAACGGAAAAAAUCACGUUUGCUCCUGACAGCCGCUGUUCCAGUCGGACCUGACAACAUCAAAAGCGGAUACGAUGUCCCUGCGGUUUCGAGUUAUCUAGAUUUCAUCAAUUUGAUGGCGUACGAUUUUCACGGAAAAUGGGAGAAAGAGACCGGGCAUAACGCGCCUCUCUACGCUUCUUCGUUGGAUUCGGAAUGGCAAAAACAGUUGAGCGUAGACAACGCAGCAUCCGUUUGGGUCCGUCUGGGUGCUCCGAAGGAAAAAUUAAUCAUUGGUAUGCCGACCUACGGCCGAUCUUUCACCUUGUCAAAUCCAUCCAGUUGGAAGGUUCACGCGCCCGCGAGUGGAGGAGGAAAGGCAGGAGAGUACACUAAAGAAUCUGGAUUCAUCGCUUACUACGAGAUAUGCGAGAUGUUAUUGAACGGCGCUGCUUACGUGUGGGACGACGAAAUGAAAGUUCCGUAUCUGGUGGACGGUGACCAGUGGGUAGGUUUCGACGACGAGCGUUCCAUCAGAAAUAAAAUGCAUUGGAUCAAAGACAAGGGGUACGGUGGUGCUAUGGUGUGGACGGUAGAUAUGGACGAUUUUAACGGAACGGUUUGCGGUGGGAACGUCAAAUACCCUCUGAUAGGUGCGAUGAGAGAAGAACUCAGAGGAAUACCGCGCGCCAAUAACGCCAAGGAUAUCGAUUGGAGCGUGGUCGCUGCAACCAUCACCGAGGAGGUAGUAGAAAAACCGGAACCCUACAAAAUAUCGGCAUCGGAAUUAAUAGCGAAAGCAAAAAAGAUUCAUAAACCAAUUUCACCGUUGCUGAACAGCGUGGCAAAACGCGAAAGAGAACCUCUCACUAUCUGCUACCUGACCAAUUGGUCCCACAAAAGACCGGGAGCGGGUAAAUUUUUACCCGAAGAUAUCGAUGCCACCCUUUGCACACACGUUAUCUACGCGUUCGCUACUUUGAAAAAUCAUUUGCUAACCGAGGGCAGCGAAAAGGAUGCCGAUAUGUACGAACGGCUGAUAGCACUGAGAGAAAAGAAUCCUGACAUUAAGAUACUCCUCGCCAUCGGAGGAUGGGCAUUCGGAUCGACACCUUUCAAGGAACUGACGAGCAACAUGUUCAGAAUGAAUCAAUUCGUUUACGAAGCUAUAGAUUUUCUCAGGGACUAUAAAUUCGAUGGUCUCGACGUCGAUUGGGAAUAUCCACGCGGCGCGGACGACCGUUCUGCUUAUGUAAAUCUAUUGAAGGAAUUGAGACUCGCGUUCGAAGGAGAAGCUACCAGUUCGGGACAGCCGAAAUUACUUUUGACAGCGGCAGUUCCUGCCAGUUUCGAAGCCAUUGCUGCAGGAUACGACGUACCAGAAAUUUCCAAAUAUCUGGAUUUCAUAAAUGUAAUGACCUACGAUUUUCACGGACAGUGGGAACGACAGGUCGGCCACAACAGCCCACUUUACUCGCUGGACAGCGCGACGAGUUAUCAGAAGAAACUGACUGUGGACUACAGCGCCCGCGAAUGGGUGAAGCAAGGUGCGCCGAAGGAAAAAUUGAUGAUCGGAAUGCCCACGUACGGUCGAUCUUUCAAGUUAGUCGACAAAAAUAAAUUCGACAUCGGUGCACCAGCUUCCGAAGGAGGAUCGCCAGGCGAUUUCACCAAUGAAGCGGGAUUCCUGUCCUACUACGAAGUCUGCACGUUCCUCAACGAAGAUAACACGACUCUAGUUUGGGACAGCGAGCAGCAGGUUCCUUUCGCAUACAGAGACGAUCAAUGGGUCGGCUUCGACGAUGAACGAAGUUUGAUGAACAAGAUGUCUUGGUUGAAAGAAGAAGGAUUCGGCGGGAUAAUGGUAUGGUCCGUGGAUAUGGAUGAUUUCAAAGGAACGUGUGGUACCGGAAAAUAUCCUUUGAUCAAGGCCAUGAAAAAGGAACUUCUGGAUUAUUCCGUAAAACUAGAGUACGAUGGCCCGUACGAAGGUUACUCCAGGAGCGGAAAAUACACGACGAAGGAUCCGAAUGAAGUUACUUGCGACGAAGAGGACAAUCACAUCUCGUAUCAUCCCGACAAAAAUGAUUGCACCAUGUACUACAUGUGCGAAGGGGAACGAAAGCACCACAUGCCAUGUCCAGUGAAUCUUGUUUUUAAUCCCAAUGAGAACGUUUGCGAUUGGCCAGAGAACGUAGAAGGAUGUCUACAACACACACAAGCCCCACCAGCAGCUUAAAACUUAUUUAUAAUAUUCUGUAUAGGUGAAAUAGAACGGAUUGAUUAAAAAAUAAAUUUCUAUUUCCGUCUUGAAUUUUUUAUUCGUGCGGACGAUGAAAAACAAAAAAAAAUUAAUAAAAAUAACGAAAAAUA